CUCCGCAGCGGCCGCGCGCACCCUUCACCCCGCUGGCUGAUUUUGUCUCGCGCAACCUUCUUAGGCCCUCCGCAAGAUCAGCCCUUCUUUUCCUCCCCUUUCCCCACCCGGAGAGUCAGGUUCCGAGAGCCGGGACCCUGCCCCUUCUCCGUUUCCCUUCCCCUGACCCACCUCUCCUCUGUCCUCCCUCCCUUUACGGUUCCCGGAGCCGGAAGGAGCCGAAGUGCCGACGGAAAAAGUCGAAGCUAUCUCCCGUGAGUGAAGCAUUCCCGAAGCGGUGGCGGAAGGAGCCGAAGUUCUCCGAGAGGGGAGGAGGGUGCGCCUGGCAUCUUCGGAAAGAGCCGAAGUUUGGAAACGAGCUUAAUCUCUGGCUGGGUUUGAGGGCAAGCUCCGGAAGCCUUCGGAAAGUGACGAAGUCCGGGACGGUUAGGCUUGUCGGAAGUAGCCGAUUGCUUGGACAGGGCCGGCGGAGAAGAGCGGGGAGAAUCUGCGCAAGCAAAGACUGGGACAAUUUCAAUUUUCGGAAGAAGCCGAAUUCUUAGAGGGGGCUGGGUGCAGAGGAACGCGAGGAUCUACGGAAACAUCUGAACGUUGAAGAGCUAAUAUCCGAAAAGUUACGAAAACCUUGGAAGGCGGCGAAACCCUCGCUUCGGGUGUUUUCGGAAGCAGCCGUAGCUGCUGCUCCCGAGGCUUUCCUCUACGGUCCGGAAAUAGCCGACGCGUUUCGGAGCCAGGCCCGGGGGGGAGGGGCACCUCGCGGGCGCGCAGGCGGGGAGAGGGGCGGAGCUGGGGUGGGGCGGGCAGCCCGGGCUUGAUUAGGUAGGAGGCGGUGGAGCGCCGGCGGCGGCCGGAAGUAGCCGAAGCAAGCGGCGGAAGUAGCCGAAGCGGCCGGAGCGGGCGCGCGGCAAGGCGAGGCGAGAGCUCCACAGAGCCCUACGCGGCCGCCUCAGCAUGUCGGACUUCGACGAGUUCGAGCGGCAGCUCAACGAGAAUAAGCAAGAGCGUGACAAGGAGAACCGGCACCGGAAGCGCAGCCACAGCCGCUCUCGAAGCCGGGACCGCAAGCGCCGCAGCCGCAGCCGGGACCGGCGCAACCGGGACCAGCGCAGCGCCUCCCGGGACAGGCGGCGCCGAAGCAAACCUUUGACCAGAGGCGCUAAAGAGGAGCACGGUGGAUUGAUUCGUUCCCCCCGCCACGAGAAGAAGAAGAAGGUCCGUAAAUAUUGGGACGUGCCACCGCCCGGCUUCGAGCACAUCACCCCCAUGCAGUACAAGGCCAUGCAAGCUGCCGGUCAGAUUCCAGCCACCGCCCUUCUCCCCACCAUGACCCCUGACGGUCUGGCUGUGACCCCGACACCGGUGCCCGUGGUCGGUAGCCAGAUGACCAGACAGGCCCGGCGCCUCUAUGUGGGCAACAUCCCCUUCGGCAUCACUGAGGAGGCCAUGAUGGAUUUCUUCAACGCCCAGAUGCGCCUGGGGGGGCUGACGCAGGCCCCCGGCAAUCCCGUCUUGGCAGUGCAGAUUAACCAGGACAAGAACUUUGCCUUCUUAGAGUUCCGCUCAGUGGACGAGACCACGCAGGCCAUGGCCUUUGAUGGCAUCAUCUUCCAGGGCCAGUCGCUGAAGAUCCGCAGGCCUCACGACUACCAGCCCCUGCCUGGCAUGUCAGAGAAUCCCUCUGUCUAUGUGCCUGGAGUCGUGUCCACCGUGGUCCCGGACUCUGCCCACAAGCUGUUCAUUGGGGGCUUACCCAACUACCUGAAUGAUGACCAGGUAAAAGAGCUGCUGACAUCGUUUGGGCCUCUCAAGGCCUUCAACCUGGUCAAGGACAGUGCCACAGGGCUCUCCAAGGGCUACGCCUUCUGUGAGUACGUGGACAUCAACGUCACAGACCAGGCCAUUGCGGGGCUGAACGGGAUGCAGCUGGGGGAUAAGAAGCUGCUUGUCCAGAGGGCAAGCGUGGGAGCCAAGAAUGCCACGCUGAGUACCAUCAACCAGACCCCCGUGACCUUGCAAGUGCCUGGCCUGAUGAGCUCCCAGGUGCAGAUGGGUGGUCACCCGACUGAGGUCCUGUGCCUCAUGAACAUGGUCCUGCCUGAGGAGCUGCUGGACGAUGAGGAGUACGAGGAGAUCGUGGAGGACGUGCGUGACGAAUGCAGCAAGUACGGGCUCGUCAAGUCCAUCGAGAUCCCCCGCCCCGUGGACGGUGUGGAGGUGCCCGGCUGUGGAAAGAUCUUCGUGGAGUUCACCUCUGUGUUUGACUGCCAGAAAGCCAUGCAGGGCCUGACGGGUCGCAAGUUCGCCAACAGAGUGGUUGUCACAAAAUACUGUGACCCCGACUCUUACCACCGCCGGGACUUCUGGUAGAGGCGGCGGGGGAGGGCAGGGGCAGGGCUGGCUGGGGCUUCUCCCCCUCCAGCUCCCCCUCUUUUCCCCCUCUGAAGACGAUGGGCAGAGGAGUGACAGCCGAAUGACAGCCGGCAGCAACUGGAAUGGCACCGAUUAAGGGUGGGGGGGGUUGGGGGCGGGGAGGGGACGGGGGAAGUGCGCACACAGACCCACACAGACACAUGCACCCACAGACACAGAGGGAAGGGGUGGGGAGGGGGUGCACAGCAGGGCGGGGUCGGACCCCCACGGCCCUUCCCAGAAGUCUCUCUUCCCUUAUGCCCCCUUUCGCUCCCCUUCCCCACCGUAGAAACAUAGCGUGUUUAUAUUUUAUGGCCAAAUGAUUUUGAAUUUUGUUGUCCGGCCCCGAUACCCUGCUCUCCCCUUUCAGGACCACAGCUCCUGUCCCUUUUGGCCUCUGGUCCUCUCCACCGUGUCCUCCCUGGUUUCUUACAUAGUUGAUUCUCUCCUCUUUAGUCUCCCCAGACCUGCCCCCCACCCUGUGGCCCCUGUCCCUCUCCUACUCUCUGUGGCAGUUUCAUAUUUGCUAAGACGAAUUUGCUCAUUAAACAUUUUGUUGUAUUUUACUUUA